AUGGAAGAUGAAUAUGUUAUGGUUAAUGGCAGAAAACUGUAAAUAAUUAAAUAAUAAUAUUAGAUUCCCCGUAAGAUGUAUCAAGGCAAUAAGAUCUAUAAUGGAAUAACUCUUAAUUUGCAUUAUUAGAUUGGGUAUUUAAAUAUAUGAUUUACAAUCAUUUAGUUUGAAGUAAAGAAUCUAAUUCUAUAUAUUCCAAGAAGAUUCCCUCAUGUAUCUCAAUGGAAAUCAUAAUACAAAGAAAUAGUAAUUCAUUUUACGACCAAUAGAUGAAGAAGAUGUAAAUUUAUACCAUUAAAGUUUAGGUUGUAGUGAUGAUCAUUUUGUUAAUGAUAAAAUGAUACUCUCUGUUGGUCUUGGACUUAAGAAGAGUACCAAAAAUUAUGGAAAUGUUAGAGUCUUUAAACCAAUCAAAAAAAAUCCUUCACUCUUCUUCAUUAACAUCUUCCUUUUGGAAUUUAAGUUAAAGAUGUAGCCUUUCUUCAUAAUGCUAAAUAUACUAUUACUCUUUGUUAUAAUACUUCAUCUCAUGAUACCUCAUAUAUUAGUGUCUUCAAAACCAAUACUGAAUAACUCAUUACACUCAUUACAUAUUCUGAUGUAGAUGAAAACUAUGUUGGUUUGUUUAGAACCUAUAAAGAUUUUGAAUAGUUCGGCACAUUUGGACCAAAUGUCUUAAAAAUUUGGAAAUUUAAUCCUAUCGAAAAAUAAUUGGAUGAUGUCUUCCUCGAUUAUGAAGGAGUUAUCACUCACGUUGUCUAAUCCUAUAAGUAAUUAAUAUUUUUUAUUUAUUAAGAAAAAUAUUCCUUAUGAAUAAAAAAGGAAUCUUGUACUUUUAUCGCAAAAAAAAAUUAUCAAUUCUGCCAACAUUUCUAAUGAUAUGAAUAAAAUUCCUACUGUUUAGCUGCUUACUCAGAAGGAGUUAUUGGAGGAUUCGAAAAUAAACCAAUUAUUGCUAUGUAUGAAGGACAUAAAGGAAUUAUAGAAUAUAUAAAGCAAUAUCCUUUAAAUAUUAAAGAUGAUUCUUAUAUUUCAAUUACUGCUAAACAUAAAACAAGACAAACAGAAAAUGAAGAAAUAAAUUGUGAAAUAUAUCUUUUUAAUCUUGGAUUUGUAAAUUAUUUAAAUUCUGCUUUUCGAGAUCCUUUUGAGCAACUUUUUCCAUAAGGUGUUCAUAAAAGUAAAAUUUUAAAUGUAGAAUCAUCUCAUCAAAACCAAUAAUUUGUGUAUUAUCUGAAGAGAGAGUAUUUGGGUGGGAAUUUACUUAUGAAGAAGGUAAAUUUAAAUGUCUUUAUUCAUGAAGCACCAUAAUGUAUGGCUUUACAUCCUAUGCCAUUUUAAUGUGCAAAAGGUUAUAGAGAAGGACUGAAAUUUUUGUUGUUUUGCAUGAUGAACUAAAAUAAGUUUAUUAUGAAUCAUUAAAAUAAUGUAGUGUUGUAAAAUAUAUACCAGGAGGAAAUGAAUUAGCUUUUGGAUCUUAAAAUUAAAUAUUAAUAUAUGAUCCAUAGAAAUAUAGAUUAAUUUAAACAAUAUCAGGACACAUGGGUACAAUUGCAUCAUUAGAAUGGUGCGAUAAUACUUUGAUAUCUACAUAAGGAUUAGUUAUGGUAUUUAAUUAAAGUAGACUGGUUGAUCAUUCAUUUAAACUUCAUAAAGGAUUUUGUUAAACUUAUGAUCCUGAAUAUGAUUUUCUUAUAGAAAGUUAUUCUGAUAGUAAAGUGAAAAUAUUUAAUGAGAAAGGAUAGAAAUUUAUAUUUUGA